AGCUGUUCCCCGACGCACCAAAACAAAGCCAAGAUGAACGCUAACACGCAGGUCCUCGAAUUGAAUGUGGAGGGAAGGCAAGUGGAUGAAGCAGUGCUAAGUCUUUUCCACACACUGCUCUUCCAUAGAUCUACAGGAAAAUUCCACUAUAAAAAUGAUAACACAUAUGCGGUUGGCACCAUUGGAUUCCAAGAUGUGGACUGUGACUUCAUUGACUUCACAUAUGUGCGGUGUUCCUCAGAGCAGCUAGACAGAAGCAUCCGCCGUGAAGUUAGUGGCUUCUGUGAAGCCAUCCGGGCACCAGAUGCACCUCCGAGUGGCCAGGUUGCUUUAGAAUUCUACCAACGGAAGCGUGGCAGAUGGCCCUUUGCCACAGAAAGUAUCCCAUGGGAGGUGUGGACCCUGAGAGUUAAUGUGGUCUCCUUGAACAAUGAGCAUGAACGGCAGAUCUGGCGAGAGAAGGUUGGUGAAUCCCUUGGUGAGCGCCUCCUUCGCAUCACAGACACACUCAAUAGACACGACUACAUACCCUCCCCGCCCAACCAGUCAGAUAUUGACUACAUAUAUGACACUAACUAUCCUGAUGUCCAGCCAUUUCUCUUUAAGGUAAACUACACUGUCUCUGCUCCCAGUAAUCCCUCCACCACUACCACUAUCAAGAAACUGCUCAAGGACACCUUAGCACUAUAACAUUGGCUUUGUCCUAGGUUUCUGCAGCAUUUGUGUUUUUGCUGAAAUGUGAAGGUCAGUCAAGUGUGGUUCAUAGGCUGCUGUUGAGUAUGAUGCAUACUUACAAUGUGUCUAGUGGGUCUUGUAUGAGGUCUUGGGAGUGACCUUAUACAUUGUAUUGGUCACAGAGAAUUUUGAAAUUUUGGUUUUGAGCUGCUUAGCCUUUACCAUAUGUGUGUGUGGUAUGGAUACAUGGAAAGGUUUUGGUAAUGAAAGCAAUUUUCAUAAAUAUUUUGAGAAAAGAAAGAAGAGGUGUAUGUUAGAAUAUUCUAAAUUUGAGAUUUUUAACAAAGUAGGUUAUAUUUCUGGAAUUACUGGCUUGUAAGACAGUAAUUUUUUAAUUUUAUACCCACCUGUUAAUCCAUCCAUCAAUGUAAGCUUGCAGUUAGUGGGUAACUGUGAGUAUCAAGUGAUCAUCUUAGGAUAAUUUCAUUCCUAGCCAGCCCAGCUAAUUAUGAUAUGUCGUUUAUGCAGCGGUGGUGGGCAGCAGCUGGUGCUUAAAAGUUGGUUUGACAUAAGUACUUAUGUAAAUUAGUAUCAUUAUUCAAUCUGGUUCAGACACAGACAAGAGCAAACAGUAUUCUUGUUGAUAACACAACUGUUGGGACAUAUGUAGUGAGGAAGUCAAAUGGCCGCAUAAUCUGGUAGGAGUAGCCCACCACCACCAACACCAACACCAUCAGCAUAUAUUUUAGUACAAGUUAGGAUGGCAUGCAGUGAUUCAGCUUAGAAAUGCAACAGGAUUCACUUAAAGCAUAAAACUAUAUAGUUCAAUCAUCAGAUUGUGUGAAUGUGUGCCUCACAAAUGGCAUGGCUUGUUGCCACUUCCCAUGAGCUGAUGAUGAAAAGUUAAUAAUUUAGCUUUUGAGGAAAAGUUGUGGGUAGAUUCUUUCAUCCCACUUGGGGUAACAUAACAUAGUGAGUAUGGAUUUCCUUUUUUUGCUUGUCUCAAAGUUUGUUUUUCUUUCUGUUCAGAACUAUGAAAUAUUUCGUAACUUGCUGAUAAAUACCUGGUGUUUGGCGAUCCUAGCUCCCACACACCAGGAACAUCCUUACCUCACUUGUUAUUUUACCUCAUAAGCAUUGUAAUCGCAUAAAUGGCAAGUUGAAUUAUAGCUUGAUUCCUUUAUUAUACAGUAAGGAUUUUAAAUAAUACAAGAUCAGACACAUCUGUAAGCAUUCAGACAUGUACAGUGAGGCCUUGACAUAUGAUGAAGUGAAAAUGUGACAGACUGAGAUGCCAUUGUUGUCCAUGCUUUUUCAUGUAUUGUGGAGAAAAAUGUUGGCUUUGGUAGUUGAAUGAAGGCAGCACACUGUACUAAAACAAGCAGCUGUGUGAGGCACACAGCUGUGCUGUGCAUUAUUACAAUCCAACAUUCUUACAUUUUUAUGGUGUAAAUAAGUUUUCUUUAGAAGGACAAUUUUAAUGCCUUACCAGUUUGUUUCACUGCAUUGUAUAAGAACAUGAUGCAAAAAGGAAAUGGAAGUGUGGAGUAUGUUUUAUUUGUUUAUUUAUUUAUUUAUUUGUUUCUCAAGCUGUUUCAAGAAUAAAGUUUGAAGCUGAUAAUUAACUGAAAUCUUAAAGCCAUACUGUUGGAUGAAGUCAGUAUAGUGAAUGUUAUGUUGGGAUAAAAUGACAGUAUUUUUAGGAUAGGGUGAACAUUUUGAAUCAUAUCUUAGGGCCUCAAUGUAUUAGUUAAAAUGGCAAUACACUGGCACCAGAGAAAGUGACAAACUGGUAAUUAAUUGAGUGAUUGUUCUAAUGCAGAGCCUAGAUGAAAGAAUGACUUGUGCAUUGAUUUACAUGUAAAUGUUUCUAGACUCACCACCCAUCAUGGAAUAAUUUCUGUCAUAUAAAUAACAUCUGGCAGCUUUCUUAUUCUCUUUUGUGUUUUCAACAUUCAUGCUAUAUUAUAUGCAUUGACAUAACAAUGCACUGAAUGUAUGAAAAUGACAGCAUUCCUCAUCUCAAUUGUGAUGAUAAUCAACACACUGAUAAACAAAAGCAUCCUUAAAGCAUGAUUCACAUAAACCUAUACUAUAUGGAUCAUAAUUUUUAAUAAUGUGCCAAAUCUAUGAAUGAGGCAGUUGAUAAUCUUGUCUUUAAGUGUUUGAGACCAAGAAGGUAAGAGUCCAGAGGGAAGAAACACUUGAUUCUCUAUUUGUGUUUGUGAUACAGGUGGGUCAUUCUUCUAUGCUCUGCAGAUAUGUUAAGGUUAUUAUGCCACCAGUGGUGUGGUAACAAAAGAUUGUCAAGAAUGGUAUAAUGUUUGAUAUAUACUGUUCAUUUCUCAUUAUGCUGUUGUUUGCAAAGUUAGCAUGGCUAGCAUGUUUAGCAAAAAACUAAUUAUCUCUUUGUAAUAUUACAUAAAUAUCCAGUAUCUUUUAUACCUGUUACUAUAACAAAAAUAUCAAUGCUUCACAAAUAUAGGCACUUUAUAGCAAAUAACGUACAAUAUUUGAAAUAUUAUAUUAAUUCUGUAUGCACCUCAGUUAAGUUGUUUGAUUGCAGUUUGAAAAUAUUUUUUGAGCGUUUCCACAAAUCAGUGCUCACAUGAGUGCUGCACAAUGCAACUAAAUGUGUUUCAUAAGGCUUAGUUAUAAUCAUCAUCUGUGUUAUCCCAUCAGUGCAUUAGAGAUAUGUUUUCAAGGAACAGUGAAAGCUUUUAGAUCAGUUCCACACAUUAGUUGAAUUGUCACUUUUCUGUAUAUAUAAGCUUGACAUGCACUUUGUAUUAAAAACACUGUUGUUACUUUUUAUAACAACAUAUGUUGCAAUGGAAAUAUUUAGAGUUUAAGAUAAGUUUUGUAGUUUUUAUACGAGUGUUUAGCUUUUUAGAAUGUUUCUUUAAUGCUUGCAAGGAAAUUGUGUCAGAAGUAUUUUGAGAGUGUCCAAGGAAAGAAUGAGAGUUAGUGAUAUUCAGGUUACCCAGACCUUGACCCUCAGAAAAGUUAGGCAUCAAGAAGUCCAUGGCUGCUUUGAUCCAGUGGUGAUGGAUCAGAGCACUAAGAAACAGACUUCCUAAGAUACAUGAAAAUGAAACAGCCUAAAAAUAAUAGUGAUUACUUUUGUAUUCAAAUCAUGGCACUGCACAUGAGUUGAAGGAAGGGAAGUACUUAGUGUUUAUGAUGUAAGAUUACAAUUUUGCAAAUAUUGUUCUCCAUAAUGAAUUGAAGAACUGAAUACAAAAUUUGUGAGAGUGUGUUAAACUCUGAAUCCUAAUAUUAUGUGAUCAAGUUUUUUAUAAUAGGUUAGUAGAGACAGAAAUAGGCUGCUAGAUAGGAAGACAGAUAAUUAUGCUUUUGUAGUGAGGACAGUAGUGUAGAUGGAUCAGCUGACUUUCACACCCUCAUUCUUGAUUUUACAUGUACAUACCCAUAUUCAUUCAUCAUUGCCAUUUCCUUAGUCACUGUAUUAUGAAACUCAGCUUCUUGUGAGUUGACAUAAACAAAGUAGCACCAUUGUCACAUAUAGAUCUUAUUUAAUCAUAGCUAUAAAUGUCUAUCACAAUAACUUAUUUUUGUAGUGGUCCAGUUUACUGAUUUUUAACAAGUGAGAUAUAGUAUUAAGCUUCAUAGGGUUGUAGAGUCAUUACAACUUCACCUUCCAUGCUCUCUUGGUCACCUGGAUUAAGUUUUCUUUUCUUCCUGAUGAAUUAUUUUACUCUAUGCUAUCAAUAAGUUUUGGUGCUCAAAAACAAUUGAAAACUGGCAGUUUUCUGCCUUUGAGUGUUAAUGCAAUUAUGGGCUUUAAUUUACAUCAGUAAUGUGGAUAUGUUGAAUUAAGAAGUUUGGAUUUUUUGCUUCUCCCGCCACUGUUUUGUUGUGUUGUGAUGCACUUAUUAUGUAGACGAUGUCAUUACUUUAGUAGACAUGGAGGCUGCACCCAGAAACUCACAAUAGAAUAGACUCAGGUUCAUUGUACAUGUAGAACUCUAUCUUUAUAAACUUCUUGAAUAAACAUAUUUUUCCCUAUGAUGAAUUUAAACUGCAGGAAAACAGUGGACUUGUAUGUGUGAGAAUCUGAUGAGUGGAGUGGGAGUCUUUUACCUGAUGUAUAUCUAAUGGGGCAUGUUAUUCUCACCACAGCACAUUUGAUAGUUCCACAUCCUGCACAGCCCUGAGCCACCACAGGAUGCUGUGUUGGACCACCUCCCCAUUCAUUACUUUGCCAAGGGAGGAGGUACAACAUGAGCCUUAACAAGGUGGCAGAUGGUACUGUUUGAGUCAAAUAGGAAGUGUUAUCUUAUAAGCCUCAGAUUUUAAACUUUGUGUAUGUGUACUGAUACCAUAUUUUGUGAAUAAAAGGAAAGUAAAAGUUUGUUAA